AUGAACGAGAGGUUGUGCCGUCAGUCGUCAAGAUUUACAGUUUCCGACCUGAUGCCCGAUUCCGGCCGUCUCCGCGUUGUCAUGCCCACUGUCUGGUCGAGUGGGCCGGUACCGGACUCUGAGAUUGGUCCGGCUCGACUCGACUCGGUCCGGCGCCUGAGCGCCGUCGUCGUCAUUUUGUGCCUUCUUCUGUUCGUCGCUCUGCUCCAGCCGAACCCGGCGACCGGCCUGCCCGUGAUCCUGCCCCGUGACGACAACGACAACUACACUCUCUACCAAGUGACCGAGCCUUCGGACGCCGACGAGCCGUGGUUCGAGCCCCGCAGCCGUCUGCUUUGGCGCCUCCCUUUGCCGGUGCGGCUGGGCCACGUCGACCGACCGUCUGAGGCAAAUGAACCGGCCGAACCGUCUGAUGACCAGCUCAGCGAAACAACCAACCACGCGGCCAAGAUGGGUCCGGCCGAGGUGGAGAUGAGCCAGUCGCCAACGUCGGUUGUCGAGGCGACGAGGAGCGACAAUGCCGAUGUCGCCGUUUCGCAGACGCACGCUGGAGCCGAAGCCGUGGGGCCAGAGGUGUCGGACCUAGCCGGUGCUGAUGUUGGUGUUGCUGCUGGUGCUGAUGCAGAUGAUGUUGCUGAUGUUGAUAAAGGUGUCGAGACUGCUGCUGUUGCUGUUGUCGCUUCUGAUGCCGACGCCGUUGCUGAUGCCGGUGCUGAUGCUGGCGAAGUUGCUGAUGCUGAUGCUGAUGCUAAUGCCGGUGCUAAUGCUGGCAUAACUAUUGUUGUUCCUGUUGUCGCUUCUGAUGCCGAUGCCGAUGCCGAUGCUGAUGCCGAUGCUGAUGCCGGUGCUGAUGCUGACGCUGAUGUUGGCGCUGAUGCAGGUGCUGUUGCUGUUGCUGUUGCUAAUAAAGGUUUCGAGACUGUUGUUGUUCCUGUUGUCGCUUCUCAUGUCGAUGCUGGUGCUGAUGAUGGUACUGAUGGUGAUAUUGAUACAGCUGCUGCUGCUGCUGCUGCUGCUGCUUCAGAUGUUGAUGUUGCCAGUGCCGAUGCCGAUUCUGCGGAUGAAGCUGGAGCCAGUGUGGAUACUGCUACUGCGGAUAGCGUUGCUAACACGGCCGUAGUCACGGCGACCGUUUCCGACGAAGAUGAGGCUGCGGCAGUGUUGAUAGGGUCGGUAGAGGAUGAGGCGCAGGUGGUGGCGGCGAAAGCGACGGACGACGUCGACGAAUCGGACACGACUGAGUCGCCUCAAGAGGUGUUGAGUUCGAGUCCGAGUCCGAGUCCGAGUGCGGAUGCCGUGACGCCGGUGCAAGAGGAUGUGAUUGUCACGAGGGUUUGGGUGGUGGACGGGUACGAGGGCAGCGGUGACGAGAUCGAGUCGUCUAUUUCGGGGGGGCAGGAGGUUGCGUCGGGCCACAACCCAACCGUUCCACCGUUCGCGCUCGGCGACGGCGAGGGCGAGAGCGAGGGCCGGGCCGACGAGGCGAGAGGAGGAAGGUCAGCAGGUCAGCCGGCCAAUCGAGACUGGUCUGCCGCUCCGGCCGAGCCCGUGUUUGCCGGCCAACUCGAAGUCGAGCUGGAGCCCAUACUGGAGCCGGUACUCGAGCCCGAAUCCGAGCUCAUGGCGGCCACCGGUGCCGGUAAGUGGUCGUUUGAAUGCGCCCUUAAACCCUACCACACCCCAACCCCCUCCGCGGGUUCAUUUGGCCCGAGUGUCUUCGUCACGCCCACCGUCGAGCAGGCAGAUCAGUUGAAAUGCGAAGACGAGACCAGACCAACAUUUCACCGAUCAGCGAGGCUGCGAUCAAAACCAACGCGAAACCAGCUUGGUUAUUCCGUCUACGAUCGAGUCAUUUUGACAUCAAUCGUGUUUCUAAGGGGUGGGGCUCCGCUGGAGCCGGAAUUUCGUGGCGCAAUUGUGCGAUCUCCACUUGGUCCAGUCGGGACGAGACCGAUCGGCAAUGUCUCGCACAACCUUGUCUUUGGGAAAUAUAAGAAUCGGGGAGAGGAGGAUUUCGGAGGAGUAAAAAAGAUGAUAGAAGAUGAGAUGUCUGCUGACGAGGAGGGAGUCAAGGUUUCGACAGCACGAAAAUGCCAAAAGUGCGUGAGGAGUAUCGGGUAG